CCAUUUGAUCAGCCCUCCGCGGACGUAAUCGUUCGCAGCAUCGACCACGUCGACUUCCUCGUCCACCGAACCAUCCUCGCGCAGGCAUCUCCCGUCUUCGCGGACAUGUUCACCCUCCCCCAACAGCCUCGAGAGACUACGGACACGGACCUCCCGGUCGUUGAGGUUUCCGAGGAUAAGGAGACCCUGCGCCAGCUCCUCCUGCUCUGUUACCCAGUAAGCAAGCCCGCAUUGACGUCGCCCGAGGAGAUCGUUCCGGUGCUUGCUGUGGCCUUCAAGUACGACAUGCAAUGGCCGGUCGACCUCCUUUCCGCGUAUCUCAAGCCCAUAAUGUCGACCCGUCCUCUGCGGGUGUGGGCCGUCGCGUGCGGCGCCCAUCUCGAGGAGCUUGCGCAAGAGGCCGUGGAGCAGAUCAAGGCGUGCCGGGUGGCGCCCGAGACGGCCACAGGGGUGGUGUGCAGAUUGGUGAGGGCGGAAGGAAGGCGUGUUCUGACCAACGUCAGUGCCGGGGCGUACGCCCGCCUGCGCGAGCAUUUGCUCGGUCGCGAUUCCUUCACGCUCUACCCCGCCUUCCCCCCUGCCCCCUCAUCCACAAACCCUCCCGCAGUGGAGGCUUUCGUGGACUUCGUGCCCGCAGAUCCUCCCCCUGACAUCCGCCUGCGGUGCACGGACAACAAGGUCGUCGAGGCGCAUCGGCUCAUCCUGCUGCUCUACAUGGCGAAGGUCACACUCACAGAGCAGCCGCGUGAGGACCCCCACUCCCUCCCUCUCUCGUCUGUCAGCAUACCCUCCACGCAGCUGGUUCCGCUGCUCCGAGUGUGUUACCGGGGCGCAUCCGGAUUACCCUCUGGGCCCGAGGCCGUUGCGAGCGUGCUAUCGGACUGCCGGAAGCUCCAGAUGGACGGUAUGUGCCCUAUGGUUGAACACAGAUGGAAGGAGACAGCAGAGGCAGCACCCUUCGAGGCCUACUUUGCUGCGGCAGACCACUUCGACCCCUGUGACGCUGCCACGGCCGCGAGGAAGACGCUC